UUAUUUUGUUCUCCCUGUAGAUAAACGUGUGGAAAAUUGGCCUCUAAUGCAGUCUCCAUGGCCUACACUUUGUAUAAGUACUCUUUAUCUCCUGUUCGUGUGGCUGGGCCCAAAGUGGAUGAAGGCCAGAGAACCUUUUCAGAUGCGCUUAGUACUCAUUGUCUAUAAUUUUGGGAUGGUUUUGCUUAAUCUUUUUAUCUUCAGAGAGUUAUUCACGGCAUCCUAUAGAGCAGGAUAUAGCUAUAUUUGCCAGAGUGUGGAUUAUUCUGAUAAUGUUAAUGAAGUCAGGAUAGCUGCUGCUCUGUGGUGGUACUUUGUGUCUAAAGGAAUUGAGUAUUUGGACACAGUGUUUUUUAUCCUAAGGAAGAAAAACAACCAAGUCUCUUUCCUUCAUGUAUAUCAUCACUGUACAAUGUUUACAUUGUGGUGGAUUGGAAUUAAGUGGGUCGCAGGGGGACAAGCAUUUUUCGGAGCCCAGCUGAAUUCCUUCAUUCAUGUGAUUAUGUACUCAUACUAUGGGCUAACUGCAUUUGGCCCAUGGAUUCAGAAGUAUCUUUGGUGGAAACGAUACCUGACCAUGUUGCAGCUGGUUCAGUUCUUUGUGACCAUUGGACACACAGCAAUGUCUCUUUACACGGAUUGCCCCUUCCCGAAGUGGAUGCACUGGGCUCUGAUUGCCUACACAAUCAGCUUCAUAUUUCUCUUUCUCAACUUCUACAUUCGGACAUACAAUGAGCCUAAAAAAUCAAACACUGGAAAAACAGCUGUGAAUGGUAUUUCAGCCAAUGGUGUGAACAAAUCAGAAAAACUGGUGAUAGAAAAUGGCAAAAAGCAGAAAAAUGGAAAAGCAAAAGGAGAGUAAAUUGAACGAGGUCUUAACUGCUGUUGACAGUGAGGAAGCUCCCAUUUCAGAUAAAAUUUCAGGGAAAACAAGCAAAUGAGGGUUUGGGGUGGGGAGAAAAAUGGCAAAUGUGCUCUUAUGUAUUAGUGACCUUUAGAUUGAGUAAAGUGUUAACUAUGAUACCCAGAUGUUUUAUUUAUGAAGUUUUUAUUUUAAACAUUUUUUUUUAUUAGCUUUCAUGUUGUCCAGACCAAAGCAAUUGUUAUGUGACUUUGGAGGCAUCAUUUGUCUAUUGCAUGAAAUUUCUCAUGUAUCUUACAUGCAGUUAUUCUUCAGUCCGAUGAUCACAGAAACACAGUCUUUAUAAGUUUUUUGGCUAAAUUACUAAUUACCUACUGAUUAAAUCAGUUACUAUACAUUUGCUGGUCCAAAGCUGGAAAUGCAGAUACUUUAAAAUUUGCACAUUUGAAUUCGUUUGCUGACUGGAAUGAUCGAAUCUCUCCACCUCUGGUUUGAAUAUACCUUUGUGGUUGUAAUUAAAUUUUUAAAAUCUGAUGAUCUCUGUAGACUUUUAGAGGCUUGAUGAUGAUGGUGUUGGUGAAAAUAAGAAAGAAUUACAGUAAAAUCCUGUCUGGCGACCCAGAGGUCACCAUGACUUGUGGCACAAAUCACUGCGGGAAACAGUUUUUGUGAAAAGGCAGCCUUUCAAUAUUUCUAUGACUAUCAGAAAUACAUGAUGAAAAUUAAGAUUAUUGUCUGAUUGGAACAUGAAACAACUCAUGUCUUUAUUGGUGACAUCAUAAAUAGUUACAUUCAUGUGCUGUUAGGAGACAGUAUGUUGAUUUUUACCAGAUUUCUAAUGUUUUGAUUUGCGGCUGUUAACCGAUUUUUCAUAUGUGGAAAUAUACCUACCUCUUCUGUUGGAAAGAACAUUUAAAAUUAAAUAAAUUUUAAUUAAAAAAAUCAAGGAGUCCUCUAUUGUAGAUCUUAAUAUUGACUAUCCAAUCCACGAGUAUUUUUUUUUUUUUUUUUGCUUUUUUACAAAUGGGCAUACACCAAAUUUUUCUGUGAAACUAUUCUUCUCUUUCAAUGGGUUUAAUUUUGGAGUGAUAUUUUUCUUGUGACAGAGUUGCAAGAUCUUAUUUAUUAACUAGAUAUGAAGUGUAAACCCAUUUUGGUGCAAUAUUCCUGACUCCUUGGUGCUAAAAAAAAAUCAUUAAAUUCAGUGCUUGAUUGUUACAAGGUGUUAAUUGUUAAGACACAAAACGAAUAAAAAUGAGAGUAGUCAGAACCAGAAAGUUAAAUUUGCUGUUUACAAAUGAAGUAUUUCAUGUAAUGUAAAUGAACAACUGGAAAUUCACUAAGAAAGAGAAGUUGUACAGUGUCUUAUUACAUAGGUCAAAUUGUUAGGGUGUUGCACAGGAAUCAUUAUGGGAAGAGAAAAUGUAACCUCCCCCCCGCCCCCCCCCAAAAAAAAACACACAAAAAACGAAAGCAUGAAUCUUUCUAAGCAUCUCAAGAUGUCAAAACUGCAUGUGCAGGAUGUAUGCUGUUUGUGCAGACCAACUAUUUCAGAAUAUUUGUAAACUAUAAAAUAUUUAUUGUGCAUUAAAAUUACACACUUUUCCCCCAAAAGGUAUGCAGUCAUGAAAAUUAUAGAAAAUUUGCAACAAAUAUAGUUGUUUGGUCUAAGAGGAUUCAGCACCUGUGUUUUUGCUGCUCAGUGUGUAAUGACUAGAGAUUUGUAAAUCUUUGUGAACAUUCUGUACUGGUUCCCCAGAGCUAUUUGUUCCCUGCUACCUGAUUUCAGCACAAUAAAUAUACUGCUGUGGGAAAAAUGA